AUGUCGAAAUCAGAAUCUUAUGAGUUCCAGGCUGAGAUCUCUCAGUUGAUGUCCCUGUUCAUCAACACGGUCUACUCCAACAAGGAAAUCUUUUUGAGAGAACUGAUCUCCAACUGUUCCGAUGCUUUGGACAAGAUCCGUUAUGAGGCUUUGUCGGACCCAAAGAAGCUGGAUACUGAGCCUGAGCUUUUUAUCAGAAUCACUCCAAAGCCUGAGCAAAAGGUGCUGGAAAUCAGAGAUUCCGGUAUUGGUAUGACCAAGGCUGAUUUGGUGAAUAACUUGGGUACCAUCGCCAAGUCCGGAACCAAGGCUUUCAUGGAGGCCUUGUCCGCUGGUGCGGAUGUCACCAUGAUUGGUCAAUUCGGUGUUGGUUUCUACUCACUUUUCUUGGUGGCUGACCACGUUCAGGUCAUCUCUAAGAACAACGACGACGAGCAAUAUAUCUGGGAGUCCAAUGCCGGUGGAAAGUUCACUGUCACUUUGGACGAGACCAACGAGAGAAUUGGUAGAGGUACCGUGAUCCGUAUGUUCUUGAAGGAGGACCAAUUGGAGUACUUGGAGGAGAAGCGUAUCAAGGAGGUUGUCAAGCGCCACUCUGAGUUCGUUGCCUACCCAAUCCAAUUGGUUGUGACCAAGGAGGUUGAGAAGGAUGUCCCAGCUGAUGAAGAAGAGAAGGUUGAAGAGGAUGAGUCCAAGGACGCCAAGGUAGAGGAGAUCAAGGAUGACGAAGACGAAGAGAAGAAGGAGAAGACCAAGAAGGUCAAGGAACAAGUCACUGAGACCGAAGAGUUGAACAAGACUAAGCCAUUGUGGACCAGAAACCCAUCUGAGGUGACGAAGGAGGAAUACGAUGCCUUCUACAAGUCUAUCUCUAACGACUGGGAAGACCCAUUGGCCGUGAAGCACUUCUCCGUCGAAGGUCAGUUGGAGUUCAGAGCAAUUCUGUUCGUUCCAAAGCGUGCUCCAUUUGACUUGUUCGAGUCCAAGAAGAAGAAGACUAACAUCAAGCUCUACGUUCGUCGUGUUUUCAUCACUGAUGAGGCCGAAGAGCUUAUUCCAGAAUGGUUGUCUUUCGUUAAGGGUGUUGUUGACUCUGAGGACUUGCCAUUGAACCUGUCCAGAGAGAUGUUGCAACAGAACAAGAUCCUUAAGGUGAUCAGAAAGAACGUUGUCAAGAAGCUUAUUGAGACCUUUGAGGAAAUUGCCGAAGACCAAGAACAAUUCGACAAGUUCUACACUGCAUUCUCCAAGAACAUUAAGUUGGGAAUCCACGAGGACCAGCAGAACCGUGCUGCUUUGGCCAAGCUUUUGCGUUACAACUCCACUAAAUCUACCGAGGAGCUGACUUCUUUGUCUGACUACGUUACCAGAAUGCCAGAGCACCAGAAGAACAUCUACUACAUCACCGGUGAGACCAUCAAGGCCGUCGAGAAGUCUCCUUUCUUGGAUGCUUUGAAGGCCAAGAACUUUGAAGUUUUGUUCUUGGUUGACCCAAUUGAUGAGUACGCCAUGACUCAACUCAAGGAGUUUGAGGACAAGAAGUUGGUUGACAUCACCAAGGACUUUGAGCUGGAAGAAUCCGAGGAGGAGAAGGCCGAGAGAGAACAGGAGACCAAGGAGUUUGAACCUUUGACUAAGGCCUUGAAGGACAUCUUGGGUGACCAAGUCGAAAAGGUUAUCGUCUCGCACAAGUUGGUGGACUCUCCAGCUGCUAUUAGAACUGGUCAGUUUGGUUGGUCCGCAAACAUGGAGAGAAUCAUGAAGGCUCAGGCUUUGAGAGAUACAUCGAUGUCUGCCUACAUGGCUUCCAAGAAGAUCUUCGAGAUCUCUCCAAAGUCCUCCAUCAUCAAGGCUUUGAAGAAGAAGGUUGAUGAGAACGGAGCUGAAGACAGAGUUGUCAAGCACUUGACUACUUUGCUGUUCGACACUGCUUUGUUGACUUCCGGUUUCACCCUCGAUGAGCCAAAUGUCUUUGCACAGAGAAUCAACAGUCUUAUCUCCAUUGGUUUGAACAUCGAGGACGAGACUGAGGAGCCUGCUGCCGAAGACUCUGCUGCUCCAGCUGAGGAGGUUGUCGGAGAGUCUGUCAUGGAGGACGUCGACUGA